CCGCAAGGUGAAGGGUGAUCUGACAUACGUUGUUAUUCAGCAGAGUCAGUUGAUACGAGAAUUCGCCCAGAUGCGGAUUCAGGUGAUUGAUGCACUUCCUACUGCCAGUACAGGGAGUGUGAAUUCUAUGCAGGUUCAGCCAACACUGAGGGAGAGAAUCCGGCAAGAGCAGGCUUCAGAUGAGUUUAUUCGUACGAUUGAUGCCAAG